AUGGCUCGCCGCGCCUCCCUCAUCGUGACAGCCCUCCUGGCCGUCUGCGCUUCCGCAGCCCCGGCACCGAUGCCCCAGCGCUCGGCAAAGGUCACGGCCGUCAAGAACGUCUUCACUAUCGGCAACAUGUCCUUCGCCAACAGACUAUACUGGGACUUUAGCAAGCUCGCCAACGGCGCCAAGGUGCCCGACGGCCUGCGCGUGAGCGGCUACCCCGUCAGCAACACGCACGUCUUUGUCACGCAGAACGCGUACAUCAACGGCGGCUACCUCAACCUCAAGGUCGACGGCGGUCAAAAGGUCAAGCCGUACAAGGCUGGCGAGGUCGUCACGACGGUCCAGAACAUCAAGUACGCCUCUGUGCGGACCGUCGCCAUCUUUUCCGAGCCUGCUGGUGUCUGCAAUGGUAUCUUCUUCUACAAGAACGACCAACAAGAGACGGAUAUUGAGUGGCUCUCAGACGCCUCGUCCCAGAGCAACGCCGGCAAGCGCCAGGUCUGGUUCGCGAACCAGGCCACGAGCGCCGCCUCGCCAAAGUCGUGGCUCUCGGUCCUGGCCCCGUCGAACCCGACGGCCACGGAGCAUGAGUACCGCAUCGACUGGCAGCCCGGCGUCGUCCGCUUCUUCGUCGACGGCGUCCAGACCUGGCAGACGACCAAGAGCGUGCCCACGCAGGCCGGCCCUUGGGUCUUCAACAACUGGUCCAACGGCGACAAGGGCUGGAGCGCCGGCCCGCCCGUCUCCGCCGAUGCCAUCUUCAAGAUCAAGGAGAUUGACAUGUACUACAACACCGCGUAA